AUGCAUCCUUUGCCAAUACCUGUGGGUGCCUUUGAGCGUUGGCAUCUAGACUUUGUUGGAGAACUGCCACACACUGGGAACGGUAAUCGCUGGUUGAUUACAGCUGUGGAUGCCACCACUAACUGGCCAAUUGCGUGUGCCUUGCCAGAAGCGACCAAGGAGGCUGUUGCGCAGUUCAUAUACAAGGAGAUUGUCACUCGUUUUGGUUGCCCCGUAGAGUUUAUUACAGAUCGAGGCGCAAAUUUCUGCAGCGAACUAGUGCAAGAGUAUGUCAAGCUACUGGGUAGUCAUCACAAGCUGACUAGUGCAUUCCAUCCACGCACGAAUAGCAAGGUUGAGCGCUACAAUGGUACAGUCAAGGAUAUGCUUCGCAAGUACGUGCAAGGCGCUCUUCAUCGAUGGGAUGAAUAUGUGGAUGUUGCCGUCUGGGCGUCUCGUGUAUGGAAAAAUGCGACUACAGGCUAUAGCCCCUUCUUUUUGGUGUAUGGCAGAGAGCCUCGCUUACCUGGUGAUGCCAUUAUUCCAUUCAUCUCUAACGAGUCCAUGCAAGAUCCAAGAACAGUGGCAGACAUUACAGCAAGGGAACUCGCAGCACUGGGUCAGCAUAGAGCAGCUGCACAAGCAAGAAUGAAGGCGGUGUCGGAUAAGGACAAGGAGCGUUGGGACAAGGCCAUGAGCAUGGUGGACUAUGAAGUGGGCGACCUGGUUUUGUUGACACAUGAGGGCAAGUUUGGACUGGAGCCACGUUUCAAGGGUCCCUAUAUCAUUACUCAAGCAUUUGAUGAAUAUGGUACUUACCAAUUGGAGACAAUGGCUGGACAGAAGCUGGAGUCCUUAGUGCAUCGUGACAGACUCAAGAGGGCAAAAGGUGACAAGCCAGAUGAAGCAUGGUAUGAUCCUACAGCAAGUCGUCGAUUGGUCAAGGCAGCAACAUCGUCUCGUAGUGGCAGAUUGCCCAAAGCAUCAUUAUCUUCUGGUAGGAAAGGAGGGGGUGGUAGCUAUCCUGCUACAACUGGUUACGUCAAUGUGGGUCGAAGUAAUGAUGCCACACCUCCACCUAUCUCUAUUACAGCCUCAAUGCCUGACUCGUCUACAUCAAAUGUUGGUGUCCCUACUACGAAUGAACAGGAUCCUGAGCUAUCUAGCAGCAUGUAUGGCAGCCAAGAGGGUGUGUCACUAUUUGUCGACAUGACAGAAAGCUUACCUGAGAUCGUGGUGACCCAUCAUGUGGAGCUUCAACAACAAGAACAAGCAGAAAUGUCGGAUGUUGGUAGCGAUGGCAACUCUAUAAUAGAGGAAGACCAGAAUGAGUUGAGGCAUGUUGUGGAUGCGUAUGACGAUAUUUCAUCAUACGAAGAAGAGUACGACAGUGCAAUGUCAGAUGUAGCCAGUAAGGAACAAAAAAGGGAGGAUCGAGCCAUCAUCAAGAAUAUGAUAGAAGGAUAUGAUGAUAUAUCCUCAGCAGAUGAAUUCGAUGUUGAUAUACUGGAGGACGAUAAUAUUGAUAGAGUACAUGUCACCAGCGAUGAACAGCAUGAAGUCGCGUUGGAAGAGGCAGUGAUUAGUGAUGGCGACAUCUCUUUGCACACUGCUGGAAGUGCCGAGGUAUCAUCAACAACAAAAGAAAAAGAGAGAGUGCAAGAGGAGUGUUGUGCCAGAAGGGCUACAACUGUCUAUAAAGAUUAA